GAUUUAUUAGAUGUUGCGAUGUUCAUCUGUGACGAGCAACAAGCAGCUGGUAGAUUGCAUGGAUACCGGUGGAUGCAUCUCAAAUGCAUACAGAAUAAACUACUUGUUCCAAGAGAUACUGUAUAUCAAAUAAUGAAGUUAAUUGACCCAGAAGGAUUAGCAGCACGAAAAAGAAACCGUCUAAAGAGGCGUCAGUAUGUAAGUAAAGGACCGAACUUUGUCUGGCACAUUGAUUCAUACGAUAAAUUAAAACCGUAUGGAAUAGCAAUUAACGGCUGCAUUGAUGGAUUUUCAAGGAAUGUCAUAUGGCUUGAAGCAAGUACAACUAACAGUGACCCCAAAGUCAUAGCGUAUUAUUACAUUCAGGCUGUUAAACGUAAAACAGGCUGUCCCAGACGGAUUCGAGCAGAUAUGGGAACGGAGAAUACUCAUGUUGAACAAAUGCAAGUUUUCCUCAGGCGAAACCACCAGGAUGAGUUGUCUGGACAAAAGAGCUUCCUAUAUGGGAAGAGCACACACAACCAAAGAAUUGAGUGGUUUUGGGGAUGUCUUAGAAAAAAGGUAGGACAGUUUUGGAUGGAUCUUUUCCAAGGGUUAUCCACUGAUAUUGGAAAUACAUCAUUCUGUGGCAGCUUCCUAGACAAAAGCCUAGUGCAAUUUUGUUUCAUCAAGCUGAUACAGAAAGACUUGGACAUGCUGACAACGAUGUGGAAUACACAUACCCUUUCGUCGAGCACAAACAAGCUACGAGAAGGAAAUCGCCCUCUCAUGAUGUACACUUUACCCGAAUUUUAUGGUUAUGAGAACCAACUUAGUCCCGUUGAUGCACAUGAAGUUCUCCUGUGCGAAGAAGAAACAACCCCAAAACCAGAUCACCCCUGUGAUGACACUGUUAAAGAACUGUGUUUUGAUAUCAUGGAAGAAAGUGGUGAUGUAAUGCCAGACGAUGCAGUUAGUGCCAAAGAGUUAUAUUUGGGUCUUAGAGAAGCAAUUCUUUCACAGAUUUGAUUCUGCUUUUAGUGUCGAGAAAUGCAUGCUGAUAUACAUGUACAUAUGUCAAUUAAUUUCGCUUUACUUUGUUUCGUUUACAUGGCCAGUCCCGUUACAUGUACAAUGUAAACAAAAAGUUGUAGAUGUUUUGAUUUUUACCAAUGUAAAAGUAGAUUAUUAAGUAGCAUUUACAACUAUCUACAUUUUCAUUAUUUUCAGACAUUUUGUCCUAGGUUCUACCAGUGUUAGUGUAAUACAUAUGGACAAUCACAUUUUGAUAACAUAUCUACUAAGCUAUCCUUUUAUUCUCUCGGCAAAAUCAUUCUCGAGAACAGGUUACGUCUUAAGUGUUUAAUAUAAAAUAUACAAAUGAUUCUUUAUCCAGCAAUUAAAAUUUUGGGUGCUGUAAAAAAAGAGAGACUAGAGCAAAAUCUUGUUUACUAUUUAUUUCUUUUUCAAGCUGCUAAUAUUUUUGUACACCAAAUGGUGUAACAACAUUCACAUGGGCUGCAUAAAAAGUAAUAUACAUGUGCAUUUUUUUUUUGCAAUUAUAUACUGGAAUUAUAUAAAAUCUAUGUAAAAGCAACUGA